UCCCGUUUCAGGAAUCCCUUCACUCCUUUCAGACAUGGAAAUCUGGUUCCUCAUCGUCAUCUCUCUCUGCACUUCUUACCUCGUAAACUCUGUCUUCAAACUCUUCUUCCCCACCCGCAACCUUCCACCUGGCCCCUUUGCCUUGCCAAUCAUCGGCAACUUCCUAUUUCUCCGGAGGUCCUCGUUCGAUCUGGAGCCUAUCCUCCGUUCCAUCCACGCCAAGUUCGGCCCAAUCAUCACACUCUAUAUGGGUUCUCGUCCGGCUAUCUUCAUCGCUGAUCAUUCCCUCGCUCACCAGGCCUUGGUUCAGAGUGGUGCCCUCUUCGCAGACCGUCCACCAGCUUUUCCCGUCAGUAAAAUCAUCAGCAGCAAUCAGCAUAACAUCAGUUCUGCUUUCUAUGGUCCUACAUGGCGGCUUCUCAGGAGGAAUCUCACCGCCGAAAUCCUCCACCCUUCGCGUGUUAAAUCUUAUGCUCAUGCUCGCAAGUGGGUUCUUCAAAUUCUUAGGAAUCGCAUCGUCUCUCAAGCAAAAACUGGUCAUCCUGUGUCCGUCCUGGACAAUUUUCAAUUUUCCAUGUUUGCUCUUUUAGUUCUUAUGUGUUUCGGUGACAGGCUCGAUGAAGACCAGAUCAAACAGAUUGAAAGAGCUCAACGGGACAUAAUUCUAUGCUAUGUUAAGUUCAAUAUCCUCAAUUCCUUUCCAAGAUUGUCCAAAAUUUUCAUGCGCAGGCGUUGGGAAGAGUUCUUUCAGAUUCGCCAAAGACACAGAGAUGUAUUGAUUCCAUUGAUAAGAGCUAGAAAGAAGUUCAAAGAGGACAAAAAAGAGUAUCAGGACGGAUACGUUAUAUGCUAUGCUGAUACUUUGCUGGAUUUGGAUCUUCCUAGUGAAAAAAGAAAGCUUAAUGAAGACGAAAUGGUGAGUUUAUGCUCAGAGUUUCUCAACGGCGGCACUGAUACAACUUCAACAGCAUUACAAUGGAUCAUGGCAAAUUUGGUCAAGUACCCACAAAUUCAACAGAACAUAUUCAUGGAGAUUAAAAGGGUUAUGACAGAUGAAGAAGAAGAAGAAGAAGUGAAAGAAGAGGAUUUGCAGAAGAUGCCAUAUCUGAAAGCUGUAAUCUUGGAGGGAUUAAGGAGGCAUCCUCCAGGUCAUUUUGUGCUGACACAUGCAGUGACAGAAGAUGCAUUUUUGGAGAAAUAUUUGAUCCCAAAGAAUGGGAUUGUAAAUUUCAUGGUGGCUGAGAUGGGUUGGGAUCCAAAAGUGUGGGAGGAUCCAAUGGCUUUCAAGCCUGAAAGAUUUGUGAACAGUGAAGGCGAAGUAUUUGACAUAACAGGAAGUAGAGAGAUCAAAAUGAUGCCGUUUGGGGUCGGAAGGAGAAUUUGUCCUGCUUAUGGCUUAGCUAUGCUUCAUUUGGAGUAUUUUGUUGCUAAUUUGAUUUGGAAUUUUGAGUGGAAGGCUGUGAAUGGAGACGAAGUUGAUUUAUCAGAGAAGCUGGAAUUUACAGUGAUGAUGAAGAAUCCAUUGCAGGCCCAGGUGUUUCCAAGAUUGAAAUAAAAUAUAUGGUUAAUUUAUUUUCUUUAUAGUGUGUAUGAUAUUAAUCAAGGUCUUGUGAAUAAUGAAGGUAAAUUAAUCGCAAUUUA